AUGUGCACCCACCACAUAACCCGCCUCCUCUGCCCCCUCUGCCGCCUCACCCCAACCCUCACCCUAACCUCCGAAACCAAGUGUCCCUCCGCCGCCGCCGCCGCCGCCCACGACGACCCCUCCCACAAAACCUUCACUCCCAAAGAACACUGCCUAAAAUGGUCCAAUAAAGAAGUCAAAUCCAUCGGUAAGGAGCCGUGUUGGGGGUGUAAGGUGCAGGAAGAGAAGAAGGCUUUGGGAGGGAGACCUAUGGUGGAAGCAGAGGAGGAGGAAGAGGAAGAAAUGAACGAUAAUGAGAAUGACCUCGAGCCGUCACAUAUACAGAAAGGCCGGGCGGAGCGGGUACUGGAAGAUAUGAAGAGGAGGAGGUUGCGGGAAGGGCUGGGGCCUGAGGGGCCUAAGGGGGGUUAG